UAGUUGGGAUUAUUAGCGCAAAAAGCAAGAGUUCAGAAGCGCAGACCUGCACGGACCUCGCUCUUUUUCUGGGAGCAAACGGCACUGAGGCUUUCUUUAGGGCUCCGAAAUCUGAGAGAUGACCCUGCUCGUCACUAUGCGACGCCACAGCUUGCGGUUGCAGCACCAGCUGCACCGCUGGAGCAUUUGCGCGGAUGCGAGUCACCUGCUCACCGACGAGCCGUCAUCCAGCAUCGCCCGCUCCAAGUCCUGCAACAACUCCGCCGGCGACUCGUGUAGGGGGAGCUGGUCGUCGGACUCAUCGGACUCCGUCAUCUCCUCCGACUCCAGCAGUAACGUCUACAACGUGGUGCUGAUCGGAGAAAACGGCGUCGGCAAGUCGGCGCUCGCUAGCAUUUUCGCGGGUGCCGCGGACAGCAUGGGCAGCGACAGCGAGCUGUAUGGAGGUGAGGUGUGUGAACAAACUAUGACAGUUGAUGGGGAGAGCGCUGCCAUCACGCUGCUGGACACCUGGGAUCCUCAGGAUGAGAGCAAGAGGAGCCAGGACCAGUGCAUGCAGGCAGGCGACGCCUACCUGAUCGUUUACUCCAUAACAGACAGAGCGAGCUUCGAGAAGGCGUCCGAACUGCGCAUCCAGCUGCGCAGAGCCAGGCAGUCCGAGGACAUCCCUAUUAUUUUAGUGGGCAACAAGUGUGACCUCGUGAGAUGCAGAGAGGUUUCUGUCAACGAAGGGCGAGCGUGCGCAGUAGUCUUUGACUGCAAGUUCAUCGAGACGUCGGCUGCGAUGCCGCACAACGUUUGGAAUAUGUUCGAAGGCAUCGUGCGGCAGCUGCGGCUCCGGCGGGACAGCAAGGAGGCUAACGCGCGGCGCAAGGGCCUGAACAAGAGAAGGAUGAGCCUACCCAAAAAAGCCAAGCGAUUUUUGGACAAGAUCGUGGCCAAGAACAACAAGAACGUGGCAUAUCGCCUGAAGUCGAAGUCCUGCCACGACCUUUCCGUGCUAUAGACAAACCCUGGACUGUCCCGUUCAAAGACCUCGUCAGUCCUAAUCAAUCUAUAUUAGAUUGCAUUGUAAUGUAAGGUCGCGGAAGUUGAAGUCUUCUUUGUCCUUUCUGUCUGGGACAGGAUGAAGAAACACUCAUAGGCUUCACGACUUUCUGACCGUCAGAUAUAACCCAUUAAAAGACAAUAAAUUCAGAAUAGUUUGCUUCUGAGUGUUAGCCAGAACAAAAAUUGUUGAAAAGAAUGAUUUAGACAAUUUUUUAAAAUGUUCACAGGGUAGUCUAUUUUCAGUGACAAGGAGUCACACGUGUCUCAAAUAACCUGUUUGCAUUGUUAUAUUGUUUAAGGUAGAGGACUAUAGUUUCUGCUUAAUCCUGCUUCAUGAGCUCACAGUUUAAGUAAAUCUUCCCAAGUGCUUUCACAUGGUAACCAUGGCAACCUUAAAUAACCAAAUAAGGUGAUCUUUUAUUUAUGUGUGUUUUUAUAUGUUGCUUAAUCAGAGAGCUUCAGUAUUCUUGAGAGCUGCUUGUCUCCUUUCAAAAGUUAAAAUUAGGAGCAUUUUUUC